AUGCAGAACUCUGCAGCCAGGACCUACACCCAGAGUGCUGUGAGGAUGGGUGUGGUCCUGGACCCGGCUCUUACCUGGGAGGUCAGGUACUCCAUCGAGGCUGGGAACAGCGAGGGCAUCUUCCAGACUGAGGACCUGGUGCUGGGGGACUUCAGCUUCCUGAGGGUGCAGACUAACGGAGGCAGUGGAGGUACCUUGAACCGGGAGGUGCAGGACAAUUAUACACUGACGGUGCGGGCCACAGCACAAGGUGGGCUGGAGGCCUUCACCACCGUCUUCGUCAACAUCCUAGACAUGAACGACCUUCGACCUCUGUUUGCCCCGACCUCCUACUCCUUCGUGGUCUCCGAGGGCUCUCCGCUGGGCGCCAGCGUUGGCAGGGUAACGGCCACGGACGCAGACGUCGGUUCCAACGGGCAGUUUUACUACUUCUUCAGGGAGCGUGUGGAGCUGUUCUCGGUGCACCCCACCAGCGGGGUCGUGACCCUGACGGGCCAGCCAAUAACGGGGCAGCGGAUGGAGCUGGAGGUACGAGCGGUGGACCGAGGGAUAAAGCUCUACGGGACCAACGGGGUCAGCAGCACCGCUAAGGUGGUCCUGACGGUUGAACGGGUGAAUGAGUUUUCUCCGGUGCUGUCUAUGGUGGCCCUGGUGCCAUCGUGGUUGGACCAAGACCCUGUGUUUGCUGUGGUCACGGUGGAGGACCAGGAUGAGGGGGUGUGCGGGGACAUCGAGUGGGUCUCCAUUGUCGAGGGGGACCCACUGGAACAGUUUAAGGUGGACCGCUCUCCGGUCGGGAAUGAAUACAAGGUGAAGACGUCAGAGCCCGUGGACUGGAAGAAGUUUCCAUAUGGUUGUAACCUGACCCUCCAGGCUAAAGACAGAGGAACCCCUCCUUUGUUCUCCAACACUCAGGUGGUCCAGGUGUUAGUUAGAAAACCUCAGGCUCUCCAGGUGAGAUUUGAUAAACAGCUCUACCAGGUGAGACUGAGUGAGAUAGCGCCGCCUGGCACCAUCAUAGUGGAAGUGCGGAUCACCCCAGGUCCUCCCAACGUCAACUACAGCUUCAGCCCCUUCUCUGCCUCACCAUACUUCCUCAUCAACCCUCUGACCGGGGUCAUCACUACGACAACCCCUCUGACCAGCCUAUCGCAGGACGUCGUGGAGCUGGAGGUGUUGGAGCAGGGCAGUAAACUCAGAACCAGGGUCCAGGUCACCAUAGAGGACGCUAACGGCAACACGCCCACGUUCGCCAGGCCGGCGUACGACGUGUCAAUCGAAGAGACCAUGCCGGUCGGCACGGUGAUCUUGGUGGUGUCGGCGGUGGACGAUGAUAAAGGGGAGAACGGGUGUAUCACCCACAGCAUUGCUGGACUUCAGGCGCUACCCUUCACCAUAGAUCAGGACUCAGGAGAGCUGAGGACCACUAGAGAGCUGGACUACGAGACGUCAUCUGAUCUCUACAUGUUCUCCGUCCGGGCCUCAGACUGGGGUUCUCCGUACCGGCGGGAGAACGAGGUCAACGUGACAGUGCGCCUCAUCAACAUAAAUGACAACAGACCUUUGUUUGAGAGGGUUGGCUGCCGAGGGAUGAUCGAACAGGACUUCCCUGUAGGCCAGAACAUCGUCACCAUGUCAGCUGUGGACAUAGACGACCUGGGGCUGGUUAAGUACAGGAUCCUGUCAGGUAAUGACCUGGACUACUUCAACCUUAACCCAGAUUCUGGUGCCCUGGCCUUGAGGAGGUCCCUGGCCUCCGCUAACCUCAAGACGGUUGUCUUCAAUCUCAAGGUGGAGGCGACGGACGGAGAGCUGUUCUCGGAGCCGAACUACGUCAACGUGACGGUGGUCCGGGGUGGGAUGCCGUCUCGUAGUGUCACCUGCAGAGAGACAGGAGUGGCCCAGAGGCUGGCAGAGCUGGUACUACAGAAGGCUACGGCGCUGCGGAGACCCAGGGUGGAUGAGGGGUACACAGACCUGUUCUCAGCCAACAGACUGACGCCUCAGUUUGAGUCGUUCCCGUCCAGUAUCGUGGUCAGGGAGGAUCUGGCUAAGGGGGCGAGUGUCUUUCAGGUGAGGGCAACAGAUGACGACACGGCCUUCAACGGUCACAUCCUGUACGCCAUCUCCAACGGCAACAGAGACAGCUGCUUCGACAUCGCCAUGGAGACGGGCCUGAUGACAGUGUUCCUGCCGCUGGACCGCGAGCGGUCUGACCGUUACGUCCUGAACGUGACCAUCUACGACCAGGGUCUGCCUCAGCGUUCCAACUGGAGGCUCCUAACCGUCAACGUAGAGGACGCUAAUGACAACGAGCCUGUGUUCGCCAAGGACAGUUACAGCGUGGUGGUCCCUGAGAACACAGCGUUGGGUACUGAGGUGGUGCAGGUCGUUGCUGUAGACAGAGACCUCGGCUCCAACGGAGAGGUCUCCUACUCGCUGCUCACCGCCGUGCCGCAGUUCAGCAUCAACAGCAACACAGGGGUAGUGGUCGUGUCGGGGCAACUCGACCGGGAGACCAUCCCAGCGUUUAGCCUGAAGGUGGAGGCCAGGGAUAAGGCGGAGAGAGGGACCCAGCGGUUCAAGGUGACAACUCUGAGUAUAACACUAGAGGACGUUAAUGACUGCCCCCCACUGUUCGUCCCUGGGAGCUACAGCGCCCGUGUCCUGGAGGACCUGCCACUAGGGGCAGUCAUCGCCUGGCUGCAGGCCCAGGAUUCAGACCUCGGACUGGGGGGACAGGUCUCCUACGCUCUGGCCAAUGACGGAAACGGCAUCUUCGAGGUGGAUGCAGUGAGCGGCGCAGUGAGGGUGGGGAAGAGGCUGGACUAUGAGAGACAGCAGAUCUACAACCUGACUGUAGUGGCCGAGGACAGAGGGACACCUACCCUACGCUCUCUAUCUUACCUGGACAUAGAGGUGGUGGACGUGGAUGAGAACCUGUUCUCUCCAUACUUCUCUGAGUUUGCUGUGCGGGGCAGUGUGAAGGAGAACAGCAGAGUAGGGACCAGUGUCCUGGUGGUCAGUGCUAGAGACGAGGGGGGAGACAGGGUCGUCAGGUACUCUGUCAGAGGAGGCAGUGGGAUCGGCAGCUUCUCCGUCGAUGAGGAAACAGGUUUGAUCUACACUACAGGUAUUCUGGACUGUGAAACCAAAUCGUCCUAUUGGUUGACGGUCCACGCCACCACCCGCGGGGUCACGCCCCUCUCCGCCUCCAUUGAGGUCUUCAUCCAGGUGGAGGACGUGAACGAUAACUCCCCCUUGACCUCCGACCCCAUCUAUCACCCCGUCGUCAUGGAAAACUCUCCCAAAGAUCUGUCCGUCAUCCGUAUCCAGGCGCAGGACCCCGACUUCACCGCCAUGCCCGGUCGCCUUAGUUACCGCAUCACCGCUGGCAACCCACAGAACUUCUUCUCCAUCAACUCCAAAACAGGUCUGAUAACAACAACAUCGAGGAAACUGGACAGAGAGCAGCAAGCAGAGCACUUCCUAGAGGUUACGGUUAUGGACAGUCCGGUAAUGUCCCGUCUCUCCACUGUGUGGGUCAUAGUCCACAUCCAGGAUGAAAACGACAACAUCCCCACAUUCACCGAGUCCGUCUACCGGAUCAGCCUACCGGAACGCGACCGGAACAAGCGCGGUGAACCCAUCUAUCGGGUGUUUGCGUCCGACCUCGACCUGGACACCAACGGCAACAUCACAUACAGUAUCGUCGGGGGUAACGAUGAUGAGAAGUUCAGCAUUGACCCGCUGACCGCAAUGGUGUCGUCACACAAGAUGGUCACGGCAGGAAGCUACGACAUCAUCACCAUAAAGGCCCUAGACGGUGGAAGCCCUCCUCUAUGGUCUACAGUAAAGCUCCAUAUGGUGUGGGUUCGUAAGCCUGUUCCCUCUCUGCUGCCGCUGGUGUUCUCCCAGCGCUACUACAACUUCUCCGUCUCUGAGGCCACAGCUGUAGGUCAGCCUGUAGGACUGGUGUCUGUACGACAGACGGACACACCGCUCUGGUUUGACAUCAUAGAGGGGAGCUACGACAGUGGCUUUGACGUCCAGCAGGGCAUGGGUACUGUGGUGAUAGCCAGGCCGCUGGACGCUGAGGGUCAGUCGCUCUACAACCUGACGGUCAUGGUCACUGACGGUACCAACACAGCUAACACACAGGUCUUCAUCCGUGUUCUUGACAGUAAUGACAACCCUCCCGUCUUCUCUCAGCCUACAUAUGACAUUAGCGUGUCAGAAGACAUGCCGGCCGACACAGAGCUGUUGCGUGUGCGAGCGUCAGACGGUGACGAGCGUGCACGUCUCAGCUACUCCAUCCACAGUAGUGUAGAUCCAGCCAGUAUGAGGCUGUUCAAGAUUAACCCUGGGACUGGAGUGGUCUACAGCGCUGACCGACUGGACUACGAGGCUAGGACACAACACAUUCUGACCAUCAUGGUAAAGGAUCAGGAGUUUCCGUUUAACCGUGAUCUGUGUCGUAUCCUGGUGGCGGUUGAGGACAUUAAUGAUAACGUGCCGUACUUCAGCAGUACUGUGUAUGAUGCUGUAGCCUACGAGUCAUCUCCUCCUGGAUCACCUGUCCUCCAGGUAUCGGCUCUGGACAGAGACAACGGGCCAAACGGACUGCUGCAGUACUCUAUAGAAGCAGGUGAGAUGGAUGGAGGGAAUGAAGGACUCCAUGUACAGCGUACAGGUUCCUACUCUCUAGUGGUGCGUGCAUUGAGCAUGGCUGGAGUGGAGACCAGUGCUACGGUCAGUGUCCAGGUGGGAGACCAGAACGACUGUCCACCUGUGUUCCAACAGCUCAGGUACGUAGGUGUUAUCAGCGAGGCUGCACCGGUCAACAGUGUGGUCCUAGCGGAGGACGGUAAUCCUCUGGUCAUCCAGGCUUCGGACCGCGACCGUAACCUGAACGCCCUGCUGGUGUUCAACAUCAUAGAUGAGACCGCUAGAUCCUUCUUCACCGUGGACUCUGGGACCGGGUCCAUCAGAACCAUCUCUACUUUGGACUACGAGACGUUCUCUGCCUUCUCCUUCCGGGUCCAUGUGAGGGACAGUGGGAGACCCCAGAGAACAGCAGACAACCCAGCUCAGGUCCAUAUCAAGGUGGUGAACAUCAACGACUCUCCUCCUAAGUUCUCCCAAGACUCCUAUGAAACGGUCCUCCUCCUCCCCACCUACCCCGGAGUCGAGGCCCUGAGGGUCACGGCCUUUGACCCAGACCUGACGUCCGACCCCGCCGUGACCCCUGCUGACCUCUCUGUGACCUCUGCCCUGGUGUACACCCUGGCUGACCGGAACCUUGAACACUUCUCCAUGGAACGUUCCACUGGCGUUCUCACCGUCAAGAACCGCAACCUCUCCAAAGACCGCUAUCGCUUCAACGUCAAGGUGUGGGACGGUCGUUUCUCCAGCACAGUGUUAGUAACCAUCCUGGUCCGUGAAGCGAUGGACAGCGGCCUCCUCUUCUCCCUCCCCAUCUACUCCUCCUCCGUCGCCGAGAACGAUGGCAACAUCUCCAUAGUGACCGUGGUGAACGCAGUGGGGCACCGGCUUAACGAGCCGCUGAAGUACACGCUGCUGAAUGCCGGCGGUCGUUUCACGGUGCGCCCGACGUCCGGGGUGGUCCUGACCAUGGGAAUACCGUUUGACCGCGAGGAGCAGGACAGCUAUGAACUGGUGGUCGAAGCCAGCAGAGUGUACGACCGACUGAGGGUUGCUAGAGUUACUGUCAAGGUUCAGGUGGAGGAUGUGAAUGACAAUGCUCCGGAGUUUGUUGACCUGCCGUACUACGCUGCUGUCCAGGUGGAGUCAGACCCAGGCUCCGUGGUGUACAGGGUCUCAGCAUCAGACAGAGACUCUGGGCUCAACGGUGAUGUCAUUUACAAGCUGAAAGAGGAGCACAGGAACUUCCAGGUGGACCCUCUCAGAGGUGAACUGAUCCUCAAGCGCUCCCUCGAAGCCGACCUGUCCAACGCUGAAUACAAACUCACCAUCGUAGCUCAAGAUGGCGGCUCCCCUUCCCUGUCCAGUGAGGUGGAGCUACCGGUCACUAUCAUGAAUAAGGCCAUGCCGGUGUUUGACAAGCCUUUCUAUGGCAUCACAGUGAGGGAGGAUGUCCCCGUGUCCACCCCGGUCCUGUAUAUCAAUGCUACCAGCCCCCAGGGACAGAGUGUUAUAUACACUGUCAUGGAGGGAGACCCUUCACUACAGUUUGACAUGGGCUUUGAUACCGGUGCGAUCCGUGUCAGCUACCCGUUAGACUACGAGACCACACCAUACUACCGAUUAACGGUGAAGGCUACGGACACGCAGACUGGUGCAAGGUCGGAGGUCGAUGUGGACAUCGCCGUGUUGGACGUUAAUGACAACCCUCCGCUUUUCCAGAACGUCUCAUACUCCACCACACUGCCCGAGAACUCCAUGAUCGGCACUCCAGUAUUACAGGUGUUGGCGUUGGACAGUGACUCAGAGCGUAACUCGUUGGUCCGUUACCAGAUCCUGUCAGACAUCUACAACAGUACUGACUUCUUCCACAUCGAUAGCAGCAGCGGACUGAUCCUCACCGCACGCACGCUCGACUACGAAACCAUGCAACAAUACACCUUCAUCAUCAGGGCAACAGACAGCGGCGACCCUGCCCUGAGCAGCGAGGUCAAUGUCAUGGUUUUGGUUACAGACACCAACGACAACCCUCCUUCCUUCAGCCAAUCACUGUACGAAGUGUACUUAAGCGAGCUGGCCCCCAGGGGACAGUUUGUGACCUGCGUCCAGGCCUCUGACGCUGACAGCUGUGAUGCAAAUAGACUCAGGUACAAUAUCCUAUCCGGUGAUGAGCGGAUGGUGUUUACGAUGGACACAGAGACGGGGUUGAUAUCUCUGACAAAUCAGAGAAGACAGGGUAUGAGGGCUUCCUUUAGGCUCAACGUGUCUGUGUCCGACGGGGUCUUCACCAACACUGCUGAGGUCAAUGUGUAUGUGUUGGGAGCAAACCUCUACAGUCCAGUUUUCAGUCAGAGGUUCUACCUGGCGGAGACCAGAGAGAACGCACCUGCUGGAUCCAGAGUUAUACAGGUGCGUGCUACGGAUGAGGACUCAGGUCUGUUUGGUCAGGUGACCUUCACGUUCAUCAACGACUUGGGGAAGAGUAAAUUCAGCAUCGACGCUAAAGGCCUCAUCACCACCGCACAGAAACUAGACCGUGAAAACCCUAGCAACAAGGACAUGGUCCUCACCGUCAUGGCCCUUGACGGAGGAGGUCGUGCAGCAUUCUGUACAGUCCGUGUUGUGUUGACUGAUGAGAAUGACAACGCCCCUCGGUUCAGGGCGGUGGAGUAUCGUAUGAGCAUCAAGUCCAAUGUGGCCAAAGGAUCGUUGGUUACCCAGAUCCAGGCCUCAGACCUUGACACUGGACCCAAUGGACGGGUCAUCUAUUCCCUGUACAGCGAGGCCCGCCUGCCCCUGGUUGACGUACUGGAGGUGGAGCCAGACAGUGGUUGGAUGGUGACGAAAGGAUCUCUUCUCCAUCUCCAGGGAACCAUCCUAUCCUUCUUUGUCAAGGCUACAGACCGUGGCUCCCCGGCAAAACAUUCUCUGGUCUCAGCCUUCAUCCAUGUCCUCCCCCCGGACGCCCUGGUCCCCUCCUUCACCCAGCCUCAGUACUCCUUCACCAUACCAGAGGACACACCUGUGGGCACGGCCCUGGGAAACAUAUACCUGGCCCCAGGACAGACUGGGGCUUACACCGCUGUCGGGGGAGAGACUCCCGACAGCAACCAGGAAGGUACGUUCCUGGUGGAGAGAGAGACGGGUCUGGUCCGGCUGACCAAUCCUCUGGACUAUGAACUGGUCAGCAUCUUCAGGUUUAAAGUCUCAGCUACGACUCGACGAGACCUCAUAGAGUCCAUCUCUACUGUCGACGUGGAGGUGAAGAUUCUGGACAUAAAUGACAACAAGCCAUUGUUCGAGACCAGUUCCUACGUUGCCAUGGUAAUGGAGGGGAUGCCCGUGGGUACCAGGGUGGUCCAGGUGCGGGCGCUCGACCCUGACUGGGGCUCAAACGGACAGGUGACCUACAGCUUGGGUCCUCCACUUAACCAGAUCCAGGAGAACAGACCAGACCGCACCUCAGCCGGUUCCUCAUUUGGUAUUACUGGUACCAGUACUGGUUCAACUAGUUCUACUGGUACCGGACCAGUGUUCUCCAUUGACAGUAAAACGGGCUGGAUCACAACCCUGUCGGUUCUGGACCAUGAGGCUGGACCCAGCUACACCUUCGUGGUGGUGUCUUCAGACCUGGGGGAGCUGCUACAGCUAUCCUCUACCACUGUCGUCACGGUGUCUGUAGCAGAUGUGAAUGACAACCCUCCGCGAUUCGAGAGAGAGUUUUACCGGGGCGCGGUCAGAGAGAGUGACCCACCAGGAGAGGUGGUGUCUGUCCUCAGCACCAAGGACGGAGACACCACGGAUAAAAACAAACUGGUCAGCUACCACAUCACAGGUGGUAACCCAGGUGGAGUGUUCAGUAUAGCGCUGGUCCAGGGUGAAUGGAUGGUGGUGGUGUGCGGUCAGCUGGACAGGGAAAAACAGGACUUCUAUCUACUCAACAUCACCGCCAGCGACGGCCUCUACAUCACCCGUACUGCUGUGGAGGUCACUGUCAUGGACGCCAACGACAACACACCUGUCUGCAACCAGGCGGUCUACCGCGUGACCUUCCCUGAGGACAUGCCCCCUAACCAGGGCAUUCUGACUGUAGGGGCAUCUGACGCAGACACAGGCACCAGCGCUGAGAUACAGUAUUCUCUUUUUGGGAUCGGAGUGGAGGACUUCUAUAUGGACGCAAACACUGGUGACAUGAAGACAGCAACGGUGAUGGACCGUGAGAUGACCUCCAGCUACAAGUUGAUCGCCCAGGCAACCGACGGGGGCGGGCUCUUCUGUCGCUCCGAGGUCUCUGUCACGCUUUUGGAUGUAAACGACAACCCACCCUCCUUUUUUUCCAGCCAAUACCUGGCCAACAUUUAUGAGAACGCCGCCCCCAAAGCACUGCUGACACGCCUACAAGCCAGUGACCCUGACGAAGGUCCAAACCGUACGGUGGUGUACUCCCUGGUAGACUCCGCAGACGGGUUCUUCUCUAUAGAUCCAGUAUCAGGCGUGGUGGUUCUGGAGAAAGCCCUGGACAGAGAGACCAGAGACUCCUACAGGGUCAGGAUCCAGGCCUCUGACCGCUCCGGACUGCAGGGGGCGCUAUCCUCACAGGUGGAUCUGACAGUAGUGGUGUUGGACAUCAACGACAACCCCCCGGUGUUCCAGAGGCGUGACUACACCGUCACCGUGCCCGAGGACGUUGCCAUGGGAACAGAGAUCCUGCGGCUGUCGGCCACCAGUGACGACAUUGGGGCAAACGCUGAGGUCACGUACAGCAUCAGGGCUGGCAACGAACUGGGGAAGUUUCAGAUUGACAGAACUCUGGGCUCCAUCUCAGUAGUUGAUGACAUGGACUUUGAGGUGUGUAAGGACUACUUCCUGACUAUAGAGGCUUGGGACGGUGGGGCCCCGCCCCUCAGCACUGCUACCAUGGUAACCAUAGAACUGAUGGACGUCAACGACAACGCUCCAGCCUUCAGUCAGGAUAUCUACAACGUGCUGGUCAGCGAGGACGCAUCAGUCGGACAGACUAUCACCAGGUUGCUAGCGGAGGACCUGGACAGCCAGGUGAACGGGCGAAUCACUUACUCCAUCCUCCGUGGUGACCGUGGCAACCAGUUCUGGAUCGACCCGGUAACGGGACUACUCAAAGUCAACAAGAGACUGGACCGGGAGGAGGUGUCCAACUAUACUCUGUCUGUCCAGGCUUUUGAUAGUGGUUCCCCCGCCAUGUCCUCUACAGUCAUCGUCAACAUAGAUAUAUCUGACGUAAACGACAACCCUCCUGCCUUCGCCCCACCUAACGCCUCAACCACUGUACAGUUGAACCAGCCGGCCGGGUCCAGUCUGCUGAAGCUGUCCGUCACUGAUAAAGAUUCCCCCAAUAACGGCCCUCCUUUUGAGUUCCGCAUUGUGUCUGGGAACGAGGGGAACGCUUUCUCUGUGGAACAGACCGGAGACCUACGGUCCAACCGUGUUCUAGGACCUGAUGCUACCAGGGAGUUCACUCUGCAGGUCCAGGCCAGUGACAGCGGUAAGCCCCGUCUCUCCUCCUCUUGCUGGGUCUUCGUCAGGGUAGUCGGAGACAGCCAGUACAGACCCUCUGUCAACCCAUUGGACAUCUACAUCGUCACGGCAACAGACUCCUAUCCCGGCGGCCCAAUCGGACAGAUAUACGCCUCCGACCGCGAUGUCACAGACGUGUUGUCUUUUACCCAGAGGCCUUUGCAGCAGCGGAAUCCAUUCAAGAUCAACAGGCAGGACGGCAGUGUAGUGGCCGUGGCUGGACUGGAGCCUGGCAGGUACACAUGUAACGCCACUGUGAGUGACGGUCGUUACUCUGUCCCAGUGGUCGUAACGGUCGUGGUUGAACAGGUGACUGAGGAUCUCCUCCGUAGCGCCAUCACCCUGAGGUUUUCCUCGCUGACCCCUGAAGACCUGCUGGGGCGUCAUCUUAAUAAUAUCAAGCAGGUUUUACCAGAGGUUAUGUUUAGUACCAGAGAGGACCCUCUGCACAUUCUCGGUGUGCAGCCGAUGUCAGAGGGCAUCGACCUACUCCUGGCCAUGGAGAGACCAGAGGGGGAAGGAGAGGGUGGAGGCUACCUAACCUCACAGGAGCUGAUCCUCAGGAUGGGGGAGGCAGGGUGGAGAGGGGAAGGGAGAGGACAGGGAGGGGAGUCGGCUACAGGAGGCCAGCUCCAGGGUGUCCUGGCCGGGGCGGAGGUGCUGGUACCAGCCUGCUCGGGGGAGCUCGACUGCGGGGACAGAGUGUGCGAGCAGGCCCUGGUGGUGGAGGGUGGAGCGAUGGUCACCUACAGCACCCCGACAGUCAGCUUCAUCACCCCACGAUACAGCCGCAUGGAGACAUGCACCUGCCCAGGAGGUACCUGUCCCAACCCCGUAGAGGAGCAGUGUGAGGGACAAUCCUGUCCUAUAGACAUGCAGUGUGUUCGUUCCAGCCCCACAGCGCCCUCUGUCUGCCAGUGUCUGCCUGACAGGAUGGACCAGUGUGCAGGCCAGACAUCUCUGAGUUUCUCAGGUAACAGCUAUAUAAAGUACAGGGUGAAAGAAGGAGGCCAGGGAGGAGGAGGAGAGAUGAGACUGGGUCUAAGCAUCAGAACAUUACAGAGUAGAGGAGUCAUCAUGUACACACGGGCCAACCCCUGCACCAUGCUGAAGAUCGAAAGUGGUCGUCUGUGGUUCCAGCUGGACUGUGACAACACGCUGGGCAUCAUGGGUAUCUCCGGCAGACCAAUCAACGAUGGGCGCUGGCAUGCCGUGACGUUAGAACUCACCAGCAACUAUACCCUCCUCUCAUUGGACGACAGCUAUGUGGAACGCCGUAGGGCCGCCGGAGCGCCCGUCCGACUCUGGCCCCUCGCUCCCGAUCCGUCCUUCUUCUUCGGUGCCCAAGUCAGACCUCCAACUUCCAAUCCCGGGGAGGGGGGACCGGGUCCCGGGGAGAGGGGAAUGAGGGGUCCGCCCCGGGCCGAGGAUGGGUUUCAGGGGUGUCUGAGGUCGCUGGUGCUGAAUAGUAACGAGCUACCUCUCCAGAACAAGAGGAGUCGCUAUGCAGAGAUAGCUGGCCUUAGUGAGGUGAAGCUAGGCUGUGUACUCUACCCUGACCCCUGUGUGACCCAGCCCUGUCUCAAUGGAGGAACCUGUAAACAACUGCCCUCUGGUGGUUUCAGGUGUAGUUGCAGUAUGAGGUACACUGGAGGUCGCUGUGAGGAGGAGCUGACUUCGUGUCUACCAAACCCCUGUCAGAACGGAGCAGACUGUACAGCUGGAGACACAGCCUUCGUCUGUGGUUGUCCCCGGGGUCUCGCUGGACUCAUAUGUGAUGAGGAUGUGAACGAGUGUGAGCGUGAGGAGUGUGAGAACGGAGGAGUGUGUAUGAACACCUUUGGGGCGUACUAUUGUAACUGUUCCUAUGGUUACGAGGGCCAGUUCUGUGGAGAGAGGAGCCUACUGGACCCAGACCCUGACCUACAGGAGCCUCUCUCCUACGUGGGUCCAGUAGAGAUCAUCGGAAUCGGAGUCCUGCUCUUCGUCAUCUCCCUCCUCCUCCUCCUCUACAUUAUCUUCAGGAAGAAGAUCAGGUUCCAGAGGAAGGACUCCGACAGUGGUUUCAGCCAGGAUGGAGGAGGGGCAAAGGAGGGUGUGGCGGUGGGUGGGGUCGGGACGGGGGUGGGCAUGUCUGCUGUAUCCGUGGAGACCAGCUACCUGCUGACAAAGACGGGGAUGGGGUCAGAAGGCAUCGAGUUCAAAGCCGUACGUGUCGCUGCCGACCCCCGACCGCCCGGCACUGCCGAGGUCAGCGUCGGUAGUUAUGGCGACAGAGAUGGAGGUCUAGGUGGAGGUGUGGUGACAGGUGGAGGGGUGGGUUUGCGGCCUCCUCAGGUGAUGGUACGGCCAACUACACACCCGACGACGAUGCUACCUGGUUGGCCUGGCAACAACAACAACCUAGCAAUGAGAGGUAUCGAUGGCGAUAACAUGGCUACCAGCGAGAGCUCUCUCUCUACCAGUCAGAUGAGCAGCUUCUUGUCGUCUGAUUCCUCGCAUCACAUCCUGGGCGGUGCUAGUAGAAGGGGCGUGGCCGUGUGUAGUGUGGUGCCCAAUCUCCAGCCCCUAUCGCCCUGUCACUCAGAACGAAACCCCGCCCAUAAAGCUCCCUGGGAGAGGCAGGGAGAGAGGGAUGGAAGAGAGGAGGAGUGGGAGCAGAGAGCAUAUGAACUGGAGAGAACUCAGAGAGCCAGCUCUCCUCUUGUGGAGGAUCUGGUAGAAGAGGUGGCGUGUUUCUCAGACAGUACAUCUGAAGCUCUCUCUCUCAGCUCCUACACCUCAGACUCCUUCGAUGACAACGUGCCAGGUAUGGAUGGAGGGCAGACCUACAACACUCCAGGUCCAGAAGGAGGGAGGCUCUGGCACAUCGUCACUGUUGACCAUGUUCAACAGGCGAGUCAGUCUGGAAGCCAAUCCACUCAACACCCGGAACACCUGAACCCUCCUCACGUUGUCUCAGGAAGACAACCCUACCAGUGGGAGUCGUCUGAUUGGCUGUCCCCGUCCCCGGCUCCGCCUACCUGGCAUCGAUGGGGGUCACACUGUGACAUUACAGAUGACCUUCCGUCGUUCAGCAGAGCAGGAAGCGUGUACUCAUUACAGCUGGACUACGGGCUGGGGGGGGUACAGGAUGGAAAGAGAGAGAGGAAACUCAGGGGACAGAAGAAGCCUCAGGUCACUCUCAGCUGA